AUGCUGCUUCGGGUAACAGCUUCUCUCUUACAGCUAGAACUAGAGUGCAUUAACCCCAAAAAGCAAAAAAAGAAAAAGAAUUACAAGAACUCUGGGAUCAUCAUCGUCAAGUCCUGCAAGAUAACCAGAGAUUUCUCAUUCCUGGACUACAUCCUGGGAGGCUGCCAGCUGAUGUUCACUGUUGGGAUCGACUUCACUGCCUCCAACGGGAACCCUCGGGACCCCUCUUCUUUGCACUACAUCAACCCCAUGGGAACAAAUGAAUACCUGUCGGCAAUCUGGGCUGUUGGACAGAUCAUCCAGGACUAUGACUCAGAUAAAAUGUUUCCUGCUCUGGGAUUCGGUGCCCAGCUCCCACCAGACUGGAAGGUAUCCCAUGAGUUUGCCAUUAACUUCAACCCCACAAACCCUUUCUGUUCAGGUGUGGAGGGCAUUGUCCAAGCGUACUCAGCCUGCCUGCCUCACAUCCGCUUCUACGGACCCACCAACUUCUCCCCCAUUGUCAACCACGUGGCCCGCUUUGCGGCUCAGGCAACCCAGCAGGAGACAGCAUCUCAAUACUUCAUCCUCCUCAUCAUCACGGAUGGAGUCAUCAGCGACAUGGAUGAGACGCGCCAUGCCGUGGUGCAGGCGUCCAAGCUGCCCAUGUCCAUCAUCAUCGUGGGGGUGGGCAACGCUGACUUUGCUGCCAUGGAGUUCCUGGAUGGGGACAGCCGGGUGCUGCGCUCCCACACUGGCGAGGAGGCCGUGCGUGACAUCGUCCAGUUUGUGCCCUUCCGGGAUUUCCGCAACGCCCCCAAGGAGACACUGGCCAAAGCUGUGCUGGCGGAGCUGCCCCAGCAAGUCGUGCAGUACUUCAAGCACCAAAACCUGCCCCCCAUCAACUCGGAGCCCGCGUAGCGCCGUGCCCGGCCCCAUCUGCAUGUUGCCGAAGUCUGUUGGUCCCACUGAAAGCGCAUGUUCCACAUGCUGUUCAAUGAAGAAUACCCUCCCUGAAACACACAGGUUUGUACUUUUUAAUUUAAUUGUUAAGUUCUUAAAGCUCAUCCUGGAGAAGCGCCUGGAUCCACUUUGUACAGCCGCAGCCCGAGGUAACACCCAGAGGCCGGGCCGUGCCCCAGUCCCACUCCGUUGAGUCACUUUUCAGUAUUGAAUGUACUUUGUAUAAUUUUAGUGGAACAGGAUACGAUUUUUACAAACAAAACUUGCUUUUUCCAAGCAAUGAAAUGCUUAAUAUAUUAUUAUUAUUAUCAUUUGUUGAACUGGUCAUGUAUCCGUGCCGUACCCGUACCGCUGUCAUGCUCUAUGUUCAUUUUUAUACUGUGUACAUGUUAUAUUUGUUAUACUCAGGUUAAUAAAGAAACUCGGACAUUUAAAACAAGGGGCUGCUGUCUGGUCCGGGCUGGGAGCACUGUGUGACGGCUGGGUGCUCGGGGCAGCCCAGCACCCCUCACCACUCCACCUGUACCACGCCUGGAGCGCAUGGGCACGGUGCGAGGCCUAUGCCAGCCUCAACCCUGGAAGGUGGGGCCAGCUUGGGGAAAUGUUUGCUUUGCAAAGCCCUCUGGAAGGGAAAAAUAUCUGACCCCCCCCUUUUCCAAAUAGGGAAGCAGUCUCUGAAUGGUGGCUUGUUUAGAACUAAUGCUGUACGCAGCUCCACUGCCAGCCAGGCAGGCACUGUGCUGCUCAGCUUUCAGAUCAAAGUCUGGGGCUCUGGAAAAAUGUUUUCUUUCCAUCAGGAAACCUUGCACAGAGAGAAGAAAAUCUGAAAUAUUUCAAUUCCACUAUGAAACGAUGGUGCAGCUGGAGUCCUUUCCUAACCCCAAGGUGGUGUUCCUGCCCCAGCUGCUUCCAGUUGGGCUGAUUUGCCCUCUGGCCCUUCAUACAGCAUCUCAGAGCGCAGUUAAUACCUUUAACAUCAAAUCACUUUGUAAGACAGUAAAUGGGACUGGUAGCCAGGCUGCACAGCAGCUCACUUACAUAGAGUAGCUGCAAGAGCAGCUUGCUGGAAGAGUCUCAGGCUCAAGGGCUGCUGUGAGCUAACAGAGCUCCCAGCUGCUCUGAUCCUGCUCUUCAAGAAACAAGGGAAGUGGGGCUUUCCCACAGCAGAAUUGUUUUCCUCUUGACCAUGUAGGGUCCAGCACAACCACCUGCAGCUCCUGUGCACCACCGUGUCUGCCCACAGCUUCCAAACCCCACUCUGCAUUUCCGUUUGAAUCUAACAGAUGCUUGGAGGGCAGCUAUGCAAAAUACCAUUCAGGAAAGCACUCAUGGCUGGGGUGUGCUGCUCUGGCUUUUCAGAGGAUUUUCAUGGAUUGAGCUUCACGCCACGCACAGACACCUCUCCACUGCAGCUACGCAAGGCUCCUCCAACUCUGAAGUAAAGCAGGUUUAAAUCAAGGCACUGGGAGAUCUAAGAUCUUCCAUCAUUAGAGAAGCUAGGAAAGGCAGGAGCAGCUCGGGAGCAAAAACCAGAGUGCCAGGUAGCACUCGGGGCAGUGUAAGGUCUCUUAAAUUCAACAGAACUUCAACAGCCAUUUGCUCUCCUACUGCAAAAGGCGGUGGAGUUCUCCAGUCUGUGCACAGCUUGGUUUGAGUGAGCCAGGAUAUCCCACCCCCUCGGUACUCACACUACACCACGAGAGCUGAGCUGUGAGCAGAAUCACCACCAACAGUUCCUCUGCACUCAUUCAGAAGGAGGGCACUGCCUCAGCCCCGUCUCGAUGGUGGGUUGAGGACAGGGCUGGAUGAGCAGAACCCGAAUUGCUUAAUGGAACAGGAACAAUUAUGAAUGGCACAAGCCAAGAUGGAAAAAAAAAUGCAUUCAGAAUGUCUUUAAUCGCGUAACACUAAAACUUCUUUACAGUGUCAUGGCAAUCCACACUUCACCAUCUGCUCGAUUUUUGUUCUGCCCCCAUUUCUCAAACACAGAAUAAAAAUGACAUUUUAAAACAGAACACAUGGCUGCUCCUACAAGACUUCCGUGCUUCAAGUGCAUUUUUGGUGUUUUUUUUUUUUUUUGCCUGUUGG